AUGCGGUAUGUGCAAACGUCUUUAUUCUUUCUGUGUCUCUCUCGGUCUCUUUCACUUUCACAUUUUCCCUGUUCACUGCCCGGGCUGCAGUGUUUAGGUCUCGUCAAUUCUGUUUCAUUUCCAAAGUCAUCAGACGCAUGCUGUCCAGGACAAGAUCACAAGCCUCGGCCGUCCAAAAAUCCCAAUUCUACAAGCUUCGUGGAGAGACAGGAUCUUCUACCCGGCGCGUUCUUUCCUGCUCUAUAUGGCUCGAUCCAUUGGGCUGUCAUGUCUCGGAAACGAAAAGAACACUCGGAAGAGGGGAGUAGGGUGUACACUCGGGCUGACUCGCACAUCAGAUACGAACACAACUCCAAUGCUUCUCUGUCGACGAUCGAAGGCCCUUCGCAACAGCCGACGGCGCUCUUAAACCUGUUCAAUCCACCUAUAACCAACGCGACGUCGUACUCCCCAGAAGGCGGCUUCUACCACACAGCCGCCUCUCAGAUCUUCCCCAGCCUGGACGUCAGGCCUCGCCUGGGCUCAAAUAACAUCUCUUCGACGGGCAUGGCACAUGCCCACCGCUCCACAGCAUUACCCCAUCCUGGCGCACACAUCACCACUCGAGACCAGUAUUCUCCGGCGAGGCCAUCUUACAGGAGGGUGUCGGAGCACCAGCCUAGAUCUCCAUCGUACCCAGCUGCUCUACGACGCCAUCCCAUAUCUCCGACCACUAGUCCCAUCACCGGCUUUACUGGACCCGCCGCCCUGAGAAUGGAUUCCGGCCAUUACACUUCGCCCUCCUCCAGGGUGCAGACGAGCGUGCCUCCGCUGAGCCCCAUUACAGACCUCGGCAUCCUCCAGCACACGGAUGGCACACAAGUCAAGGUCGACAUCCAUGGCAACAUCGACAAGGGCUUCUUUCAGUCCGAUGGCGACUGGACGUGCUACAGGAGGAAUUACUUCUCCUGCAUCUGCUCCUUCUCCUUGAACCCGCAUUAUCCCGGCCAGUCCUUGCAAUUCACGCAACAAGGCUCGACGCAGUCGUACUCGGUGAGAGGCUUCGCCAUGUCCAUCUCGGCCGUUGUCGCCGAGAACGAUUCCCACACGAUCGAACUGGUCCAGCACACGCCCAAGAGAGAUAAAGGCCCGGUCGAGAAGCCUGGGAAGGUGCACCUUCACCCGAAGCACCCUCAGAUGUCGCACCCGAUGGGUAUCUACCACCCGGACACCGUGCUUGGAGGGCCGUCGAGGAUUGGAUUCUCCGAAAACGCGACCUAUGGCGGUCAGCAAAGCGGCGACCCCUACCAAACGGAGCACACAUUCGAACGCAUCCAAUUCAAGCAAGCGACAGCGAACAACGGAAAGCGGCGGGCUGCACAGCAAUACUACCACCUUCUGAUCGAGCUCUGGGCGGACGUCGGUUCGCAGGUCCCGGACAAGUUCAUACGGGUCGCGUACCGCAAGUCAGCCAAAAUGAUUGUGCGCGGCCGCUCGCCGGGACACUACCAGAGCGAGAGGCGUGCCAGCACCAGCAGUGGGCCAGGAGGAUCGGGCGGCAGCUUCACCGGGUACCCGAACAGCUCCAUCAUGGGGUCCGACUUCGGGCCUGCAGGUGCCAUGUUGGGAGGAGGCUACGGAGCAAGUUUCGAUUCCCGCGGAAACGCUCCUUACGGGUCGACUCGUCACCACCACGAGCUGGAGCACAUGCUACCCCCCGAGGACUCCAAAGCUAUCGAUACGACAAAGGAAUACCAGUAUUACCCCGGCACCAUGUACGACGGGACCGAUUCGAGAGGAGGAGUGGACAUGUUUACCCACCAUCGGCAUGGGCAAGACAACAUGGUACCGCAUGUCGGGUCAAACUACGACCCACUCCACGACAGAGUCAAGCGCGAUCCCGAGAUACUGCCAAGUAUCUUCCAGCCUGGAGCACUCAUGUCGAAUCAAAGGUGCGGCCCCUUUGAGGGUAAGCCGACGUCGAGUGGGUACUAUCCCACCAUGCCGCAGUCCGGAGUCAAUGUCACGAACAUGACAUGA